AUGGCUAUUCACAUUGAUUUCAUCAAAGAUGUAAUAAUUUCAAAGAUGCAAUGGAAGUUGAAAGUUCGAGUUGUCCGUCUGUGGGAAGUACCAGAUCGUUUUAGUCUAGACACUACAUUCUCGAUUGAAUUGGCUCUACAAGAUGAAAAGGGCGAUCGGAUACAUGCUUCUAUUGGCAAGUCAAUUUUGCAUCUUUUCAAAACACAAAUUAUCGAGCUUGAAUUAUAUCAUAUGACGAACUUUAUCAUUUGUCAUAAUAAGGAGAAGUUCAACACCACAAAACAUAGGUUGAGACUGACGUUUACUCAACAGAUAAUAGUGGUUGAAACAACUGAUCCACUUUUCCCAAUGAAUAUCUUUGAUUUGCGACCAUAUGAUCAAUUGAAAAAUAAGAUGUCAUCGGAGAAAUCGUCGGUUUCAAUGAGGAGGAAAAAGUUGUCUACUAUAUUCUGGGGUGGGUUUGUUGAUGAAAUUGUACCUCACCUGCUAAGUUCCAACAACCAGCCUAUUAUUGUUGUUAUGCAGCUCAUAAAAGCCCAUAAAUUUCAAG